UACAGAUUAAAAUGACUUGAACUGUGUGUCACCUGAUAAAGAAAUGUUAUUUCUUUCUUAUGUUAUUUCUUCAGUUAAUUUCUUAUAUUGUAUCUCUAUAUUAUGCCACUGUAAGACAUCAUAUUGCUUUUACUGUCAUUAUACUGUUACUGUAAAUGAUUUAAAGGCUAGCGUGAGAACCUGAAUACAAAUGGUGAGAACAUCAUUGAUCUUCCUUCUUAUCAGGCACCUCUUCAAACCAUACCCGAGAGGCUGUUUUAUCAAAACACCAGGUGUGCCAAACCUCAGUGAUCAACAGCCCCAUCUCUUAUCCCCUGUUGUCCUUUCUGUUAUCUCAACCCCUUGCCCGUCCAACAGAUGGUUUGAAAAGUUCAAGAUGGUGCAGCGCGUGGCAGUGAUUGGGGCCGGUCCCUCUGGUCUGGUCAGUGUGAAGCAGUGUCUUGAUGAAGGUCUGCAGCCCACCUGCUUCGAGAGCAGUGACGACAUGGGUGGACUCUGGAAAUUCAAGGCAAUUUCAGAGCCGAACAGGGCCAGUAUCUACCGCUCUCUUACUAUUAAUAUUUCCAAAGAAAUGAUGUGCUAUAGUGACUUCCCUAUUCCUGCUGACUACCCAAACUACAUGCACCACUCAAAGAUCCUUAAUUAUUUCAGGAUGUACGCUGAACAUUUUAAACUACUCAAAUAUGUUCGAUUCCAGACCUCUGUGAAAAGUGUAAAACAGAGACCUGACUACACCAGAACUGGACAAUGGGAAGUUGUCACAGAGACCAAAGAUGGACAAGAGGAGACGCAUGUUUUUGAUGCAGUAAUUUGUUGCUCUGGUCACUACACUUAUCCCAAUCUCCCAUUAAAAGACUUCCCAGGAAUUGAGACAUUUGAGGGAAAGUACUUCCACAGCUGGGACUACAAAGGACCUGAAGGAAUGGAGGGGAAGAGAGUGGUGGUGAUUGGCAUCGGAAACUCUGGAGGAGACAUAGCAGUAGAGUCCAGCAGAUUUGCAAAGCAGGUGUAUAUGAGCACUCGGAGAGGGGCAUGGGUCAUUCGCCAGGUGUCAGACAAUGGAGUUCCGGUCGACAUGAAAUACAACACUCGAUUUGUCCACAUCCUCUUCCAGCUUCUGCCUAUGAGUGUCUUGAACUGGAUUGGAGAAGGCAAAGUCAAUGCCAUGUAUGACCACACCAUGUACGCUCUGAAACCCAAGCAUCGGCUGUUCAGUCAGGUUCCUGUGAUAAAUGAUGACCUGCCCCUCAAGAUCCUGUCCGGCUCAGUUAUUAUUAAAACAAAUGUCAAGGAAAUCCGUGGCUCUGACGUCAUAUUCUCAGAUGGCUCUGUUGUUGAAAAGGUUGACGUAAUUGUUUUUGCCACGGGCUACAACUAUGACUUCCCAUAUUUGCCCAAGGAAGUAAUGUACAGAACUGGCCAUCGCGUUGGCCUGUACAAACAUGUGUUUCCCCCGACACUAGAGCACCCGACUUUGGCUGUGGUCGGAUUCAUCCAUGCCCUGGGAGCCAUCAUGACCCAGGCGGAAAUGCAGGCACGUUGGGUCACACGGGUGUUUAAAGGACAUUGUAAGCUACCUCCAACCCCGGCAAUGGUAAAGGCUGUAGAGAAAGACACUAAGGACAUUGAAAAUAAUUACAUAGUGUCCAAGCUAACCCCGCUGCAGGUGGAUUUCGUUACCUACAUGGACGAGCUCGCUGGGGAGAUUGGAGCGAGGCCAAGUCUGCUGUGGCUCUUCUUCACAGACUACCCCCUGUUUAAGAAGGUCCUAUGGGGUCCUGUCACUGCCUAUCAGUACCGCCUUGUAGGACCGGGGAAGUGGGACGGCGCACGCAGGACAAUCUUCACCCAGUUUGAUCGCAUGUACCAAGCUCUGAAGACAAGACAGGUUGAAGAAGAAUCACAUGUAUCCUACAUUGGGAGACUGAUGAAGCUGAUUAUGUUUGUGAUGGCUGGCGGAGCUGCUGUCUAUUACUUUCAUAAUCACAAUCCAGACACCAUUCCCAGUCUGAUUUCAAAGAUUGUACCAAUAAUUUCAUGGAACAAUCAUCAUUAGUGAAAGUGCCUUAUGCAAUGAAUGUAAAACCAUGAUCAUUGUUUUAUUAUACUGCCAUAUAUUAUGUUACAUAGUCUAGACUGUAUCUUGCUCUAAUCUGUUUGAAAAACAUUUUAAGACAUGUUUUCUCAUGUAUUGCAAUCAUCUUUUUUAACCAUUAUUCACAAAUGGCAUCUGACAAGACAAUUGUGUGCAGGACGGUUGGGCAGUAUCCAAAUUUUUAUACCGUUAAACCUUCUCAGCAUUUUACAGGGAUAUUACUGUUUUACCAAAAUGUAUGACUUUGGUGAGCUACAAACCCGCACAGCUAUAUGUAUGACCUGCAGAUUUAUAAUCUCUGAAAAGUUUCACAUGAACCAUCUCUAACGUGAUACAUGCACAGAACAGACUCACCAUCAGCCGCACAUCUACUGUCACAGAAAGAACACUCAUAUUCCACUGAGUCGUGCCUUUUAGUCCGACAGAAGCGGACCUCAUCAGCACAAGGAAAGAGCUGUUUUUAUCAGGCUUCAUAGUUUAUGCAAAUGAGCCAUGUGGUUUUAAGCUUCAUUUCUGUAAAAUGUAAACAAAUGUGCGCAAAGCUGCUUUAAACACAUUAUUACUCAAAGUAUAUUUGAAUCCUCAAAGUAGGAAAUAAAAAAAAAAAAAAACUACUUAAAUUAUCCUCCCACAUUCAUAAUACACAUUCAACAAGACAGGAAGGCAACGUGGGGUGAAUUACACCACGAUCUGCCAAUGAAUCUUGGGUGCCUGGGCUAAGGGAUCAUUCUCAAGUCUUGUCUGUUUGUUUCACUUAGUGUGCCAUAUAAUCCGCUGCGCCUUCUGUAUGACAACACCUUCAACAUUAUUGAUAUUGUGUCUUAUAAUCCAAAAAAUACCUGUAAUAAUAAAAACACAAAUAAUAAAAGAACAUUAAAUAGCAAAUUCAGUAAAGAAACUAUAUGUUAUGUCAUAGGCUAUGGGUUACAUCAUAUCCUGAGACUGCAACAGGAACGGUCAAUUGGUUUAUUUACCCAUCUCCCGUCAUUCGGCCUGAAGCCAAAAUGUCUCAGUCUCACUUAUGAGUUGUCACGUGACAAUGGAACAAAACUAAUCAAAUGACAUCUCCCCACGCAGUUAAAAGAAACAUUAUAGACUACUAUCCAUUUUAAGUCAUGAUAGCAUUAAACUGAAACUACAACCACACAUUCAUUUGUGCUUAGCAAACAAAUUGAGGUAUUAAUAUUAGGUCCUUAUGCGCUGCAGAUUUUUUUAAUGAUGGUAAUGAAACUGAUACCAUUGCUACUUUUUGAUACCGUGGGAUACUGUAAUAUCGUAUCACCGCCCAACCCUAGUAUGCAGUCAGCACAUUUGACCCCAUAUGAACCCAUACUGUGGAAAUAGGCUAUGUCAAUUAUAAACCAUAUAUCUCUUCAUUUAUUUACACUAAUGAAAAACAUUAUAACUCCAGUUUAAUCAGUGCAUGUAGGAAUAGUUUGUUGAGUGUGCCACCUGGAGAUAAAGCAUUUAAUUUAAGUGUAACAGCUGGGGACUCUUUGUCAGGCUGUAUACAAAAGACAGGACAGAGUGUGGAGUCAGUCAGCUUUAUUCCUGUGACAGACAUAUAAAUACUCUUCACACAUUUUAGGCACACUGGCUCCUCUCUACAGUCUCUAACGUGUUACUGAUGAGAAGGGGAACAAUUACAUGGAUGUUUUAUUACCAUAUUACACAGGGUUUUGCUCUCAAUUAUAUAAACCAUGUAUGAACAAUAAACUAUUUAAAAUUUA